AUGUCGAAGAAUGCGAGCGCCCACGCGGUGGAUGGUUCAGACUCGGAGGAGGAAGACCCCCCACAGAGGUUCCUGCUGGGCAGGCUGAAGGACAACCUGAACGUGCGCCGUCAUCAUCGCGCCGCGCACGCAGGGCUCAAACGCAGGAUGGGCUUCUGGAAGAUGGGCCAGUGCCGGUACACCUCUAGUGGCAGUGAGCGGUACUACAGCGGCACACACUGGGACGUGGAAAUAGAGAUCACAGAGGACUUGGACCGCAAAGAGUCCGGCAUAGCUGUGGACAAGCAGAUGGACAGAGAGAAAGAGAGGCGGAUGGAGGAGGAAGAGGCGGUGAAGCUGCUCGCUGACUUCGUCCUGGCGCCGCUCAGGGAGGAGAUCAUGAAGGUGCUGACAGAAAGUGAGGUGGAGAUGCAGCAUGAACAGGAGGACCAGAAGCAGCAGGCGUGUCAGCUCCUCUCUGAUGCGCAGGCAGAACUGGUGCACAAGGUCCGUGGACAGGAGGUGGAGGACGAGUGUGAGGAUGAGAGAAACAGGCGGGAAAACAUCAUGGACGCUCUCAUGGGGAAGAAAGGGAAGAUGGUGCGUACGGACAGCUUCACGGACCUGCUGAAGUCCCUGUCUGAGACAGACGACAAAAUGGCGGAAGUACAAGACCAGCUGAUGGGGGCGUUCUACCGCAUGGAGGAUGAUGACCAGCAAGAAGAAGAAGAAUUAAAGGACAUUUUCAAAGGAAUGCAGUCUGACCUGGUACAUGAGCUUGAGCACGUGUCCGGUGGAAUCCGCUCACAAGUCCAUACGGAGAGCGAGCGUAAGGACAUCUUGUUUGAGUCUCACAAUCUGUACAACAAAGAGGCGGCGCCGUCGGAGCUGGUGGAGUCCCGAGGGAAGGUGUUUGACUCCAUGGAGGGCGUCACGGAGGAGAUGAUGAGGCUCUACGCAGGCGUACAGAUGGACCUGGGGCAGAAGCAGGAGAAAGCAGAGUUCCAGACGCGCACGGCUCACGCCUCUGCCAUGCAGGAAAUCACCAAAAGGAGCCUGAAGCAGCAGGUUCACCGUGCGAUGGCUCAGGAGCGAGCGAGGCGGAUCCGAGAGGCAAUGGAGCAGGCACGACACCCCGACCCCGGCAGGUGCCUGCUGCGCGAGACGGUCGCUAAGGUGCAGGAGGAGAUGCUCAUCAAGAAGUUCCACGGCAGAAAGGUGGCGUUCCGUGAACCGGAGCAGAGUCCGUACAGCGAGGAGGAAAGCGAUCAGGACCGGAUGUUACGGAAUAUCCGCCUCAGCGCCCGCCGAAAGUCCUGCGCUGUGGCAAACUGA